CGCGCGACGCGUCGCUUCCACUUUCCCUCUCGCCGUCCCGCUGCUGUGACCGAAGUCUCCAUGGCUGGCCAAGGCAACGAAGCGGGGGGUCCCUUGGGGCUGGCGCGGCUGCUUCUGCUGUUCCUGGCCCUGGCUGAGCUCGGGAGAGCCCAGGACAUCCCCUCUAUCCCUGGCGAGGAGAUCUUGUCCCAGGUGGCCUUCGUCCAGAAAACCCGCCGGAACACCAGCAGCAGCUCCGAGUUCAUGUUCGAGUUCAACGACGAUGAGAUUUUCCACGUAGAUCUGGAGGAGAGGCAGACCAUCUGGCGGUUGCCCGAGUUCGGCCGCUUCACCAGCUUCCAGGCCGAGGGCGCCCAAGGGAACAUCGCUGUCCUGCAGUCCAAUUUGGAGAUCCUGAUGAAGAGAUCCAACUACACGCCUGCCACUAACCAGCCUCCAAAAUUGAUGGUGUACACGGAGAGGACGGUGGAGAUGGAGGAGCCCAACAUUCUGAUCUGCAUGGCGGACAACUUCUCUCCGCCGGUGCUGAACAUGACCUGGGCGAAGAACGGCCAGCCGGUGACCGAAGGGGUGCAGACCAUGGAUUACUACCCCAAGAAGGACCACGCCUUCCGUCGGUUCUCCUACCUGCCCUUCGUCCCAAACGAGGACGACAUCUACAGCUGCGAGGUGGAACAUUGGGGCCUCCAGAAGCCCCUGGGCAAGAUUUGGCACGCCAAUAUCCCACAGCCCCUCCAGGAGACGACCGAGACCGUGGUGUGUGCGGUGGGCCUGGCGAUAGGCCUUGUGGGCAUUGUGGUUGGCACCGGCCUGAUGAUAAAGAGCCGGAGGAUGGGAGAGGCCAGCUAUCGCCGAGGAAACCUGUAAACCACGAUUGCAGGAUUGACUCUCCGCCUCCCCUCCCCCUGUCAGCUACAUUUACACUUGUGCUGCACACUUUUCUUUUUCCGACACUCGCGACGACUCCAGAGCAAACCAGAAAGUGGGGUGGGGGGACACUCUCUGCCCCACUGCCAACAUUUUUUCCCCACCGCCUUUGUUGGAGAUCCCAGAAGUGCAACAUUCCCAGUAGAUCCUGCGAUCCCUUGUCUCCCAAGCAUUGGGUCUAGAGGGAAAUGUAGGAGGGGUUUUUUGGAGUGAGAGAGCUUUGGGGAGGGGAGGCGUGGGAGAGUCCUUGGUGCUCUCUGAGCGUGGUUGCUUCCAUGCAGACCUUUCAAUGAACCAACUAGCUAAUAUUAUCAGUGCUAGAAGGGAGCUUGGCUGUCUUCUUGUAGAUGUUUCCUGACCUGACCUAAGUAACACAGUCAGCACUGAUGCAGUUACCUGUCCUGUUUCCCCCUCCCCAAAUACCCCCCCCCUAAA